CCCACAACCGUUUUUCAACCGGUCAUUCAGUACAGCACCGUUUCCGUUCAAUUGAACGUUCCAGAACGUAAAAACGUACUGAACGCAGUCCUGAUAUUCUGUGCAAGACUACAAAAUGUCCUCCAGUCCGCAGGCUUUCUCUGUUCAAACUAUGACCAGAGUCGUCAGACCUGGGGACAAGGUCACUCUGUCCUGCAGCAUACAACACCAGAACCAGACAGUGUGGUAUGGACAACAGAGCAACAAGCUUCCCUUCAUCAUCAUCAUCUCAGCCCGAAAACAUCAUUUAAGACUGAAGGAAGUUCUAAACAAAUUCUACAAAGGCAAUAACUAUGGAUUCACCACAAUGUUUGAAAACAACAACUCCAUCAUUCUGACCAUCUGCAACAUGACUGGGUCUUUGCUAGCGCUGUACUAUUGUACCUCAGGAGUUGGCGAGGAAACCGUCUUUGGAUUGGGUCACGUUCUUGCAUAUAAGAAUGCCAGUGUUGCAUCUAAAUGUGAUGAUGAGAAACUGGAUGAGUCUUCAAUGCGUCUUCCUGAGUCUUCUGUGCAAUGCUGGGUGCUGAUGGGCAUUUUGUGUUCUCUCAGUGCUGCUGUAGCUGCUCUGCUCGCCUUUAUUUGUACCUGGAUUUUUCACAGAAAAGGAAACAAUGAACUGGAGAGACGGAAAAUUGAUCAGGGACGCAACAACGAUGUGCAGGGAGGGGAGGAAGGAGUGCUUUACAGCGCCUUGCAUUUCUCAAAUGGAGAUCGCAGAAGCAAAGGAAAGAACACACAUAACUAGAGUGAUCCUAUGUAUUUUUUUGCAGCUGCAGUUGUAGUUGGAACAUGCUGAUGUGAUAUUUCUAUAAGUUAGUAUAGCUGCUGGUACAGAUAUUGUUUAUCUGGUACUGUAUUGUUGUGGUUACAUUUUCUCCCAGAGGUGUGGACUCCAGUCACAUGACUUUGACUCAAGUCACAAAUAAAUAACUUGAGACUUGACUUGGACCCUCAAGA